AUGGUUUACUAUUUUACGUCGAAUGUGGUUCAACCCUCUGCUUUCAUCUAUGUCGGGAAAGAUAAAUUUGAGAAUGAGGAUCUCAUAAAGUAUGGGUUAGAGCAGGACGUCUGGUACCGUGACCCUUGCGCUUUCCAUGUCGACAACCUGUCCAGUGCUCACGUCUACGUCCGCCUCCGGGAAGGUGAAACAUGGGACAACAUCCCAGAGCAGCUCCUAGAAGAUUGCGCACAGCUUACAAAGGCGAAUUCGAUCGAAGGGAACAAGAAGGACAACAUCACCGUGAUCUACACACCGUGGUCGAAUCUCCUGAAAGACGGUUCUAUGACAACUGGCCAGGUCUCUUUCCACAAUCCUAAAUUGGUCCGCAAGGUUUAUGUUCGACAACGGGAGAAUCCCAUUGUCAAUCGACUGAACAAGACCCGUGUUGAAAAGUUCCCCGACCUCAGGGCGGAGAAGGAUGAAUAUCUGAGGAAGAAGCAAAAAGAGGAACGUAAGGUACGAGAAGAGCAGCGCUCGAGGGAGAAGCAGGAGCGGAGGGAACGAGAGCAAUUGAAAUGGCAGAAAGACCAUGCCUAUGAUGACCUGAUGAGCGAGGAAAACAUCCAGGCGAGCAGCAACCAAGACCGGGAUCCGGACUUUCUCGACGACUUUAUGUGA